AUGGCGAUGGGGUUGGAGGGCGGCGACUACGGCGCCUUCAUGGAGAAAUUCGAGCUGCUGCCUUCGCAAUCUCAGCAGCAGCUCCCGCUUCACGGCCUCACCUUUGCUAUCAAAGACAUCUUCGACAUCAGCGGCCGUGUCACUGGGUUCGGCAACCCGGACUGGGCGAGGACGCAUGCCCCCGCCGGCGCCACCUCCCCCGUCGUCCUGGCGACGCUGGCCGCCGGCGCCAUCAGCAUCGGCAAGACCGUCAUGGAUGAGAUGGCCUACAGCAUAAAUGGGGAGAACGCGCACUACGGCACGCCGACUAAUCCGUGCGCUCCCGAUAGAGUUCCUGGAGGAUCCUCAAGUGGAUCAGCUGUUGCAGUUGGCGCAAAACUCGUCGACUUCGCUCUGGGCACUGACACUGGAGGUAGUGUGAGGGUACCUGCUGCCUAUUGUGGCAUAUUUGGACUCAGGACUUCCCAUGGAUUGGUUUCGACAGAGAAUGUCAUUCCAAUGUCACAGAUGUUUGACACUGUUGGGUGGUUUGCUAGAGAUUUAUCUACGUUAUCUCGUGUAAGCAACGUGUUGUUGCCGAUACCUGCUGACAACACUAUCAAGCGACCAACUCAUUUUACGAUUCCUAAAGACUGUUUUGAAAUCUUAGGCUCUUUGAAUGACCACACAUAUCAGAUUCUUAAUGCAUCAGUAGCUAAGAGAUUUGGUAAUGAUGCAGUAGACAAUAGGAACCUUGGUGAGUUCGUCUCUAGCAAUGUUCCGACUGUUGAGAAAUUCAUUAGCGACUUCUCCAGAAGCAAAGCACCAUCUGUUCCUGCUCUAUCUGUUAUUUCAUAUGUCAUGCGAUGCCUCCAAAGGUCUGAAUUCAAAGCUAACCAUGCAGAGUGGGUCAACACUGUAAAGCCUAACCUAGGCCCUGGCAUCCGAGAGCGGGUGUAUGAAGCCAUUGCAUCAGAAGAUGAACCCAUGGAGGAUUUUCAUGUUCUGAAGACUGAAUUCAAGUUGGCGCUAUCUGCUCUUGUCAAGGAUGAUGGGAUCCUUGCGAUACCGACAGUUCCUGGUUCUCCACCAAAGCUGCGCAUGGAGGCUGUUGCAUUAGAAAACUUCCGCGCAAGAGCAUUUUCAUUGCUGUCGAUCGCCGGACUAUCUGGGUUUUGCCAGCUGAGCAUUCCACUGGGAGUGCGCCAUGGUGUUCCAGUGUCUGUCUCCCUAGUGGCAUGCCAUGGUGCGGACCAUUUCCUCCUGAGUGUGGCUCAGGAGCUGUAUGAGACGCUCAAAGAGGAGACCAAGAAAGCCUGGAGCUCACCAGACUCCUCUCUCUGA